AUGUCGCCACGAGAGAAUACCUCCGCCACCUCCACACGACGACGCCCCUCGUUGUCGUUUCGUUCUCGCCCCCGAACAGCUGCUCCCGUUCCGAUGUCGAAGGAUUUUGGCUGGGAUACCUGGCAGGAGCCAUCCUUGGUGAAGAUGUGCCAGGAUGGUGAAGCCGCGGUGUUGGAAGAAAUGGAGCCAUUCCCAGAUGCCGUGCCUCGACGCCGCGGUGCCAAAAGCUUCUCAAGCUUGCGGCACCCCGUGGACGGCAUUGUUGCUCUUGGCCGCCGUCUCUCAGUCAGCCUUCGCAACAAGUCUUCCAAGCAGAAUCUCACUGUGAUGGAAAACGUUCAUGAUGAUCUCGAGGAUCAUGAACGGUAUGAGGAUCGCCAUUAUACUCAUGUUACGGAUCGUGCCGGGCACAAGCGUCAUAUCGCCACCGGCAGCUGGGAUGCCCGGGUGGCGCCGAACAAUUGGCCUCAGGGGUAUAGCAUCAAUCGUCGUCCUUCGUUAAACAGCGUGUCUGCUCUGCACGGCUUCUAUGCUCCCACUGCUUCAAUCCCAGUCCCCAUUCCGGGUCGGGGGCAGGAACCUCCGAUCCUACCGAACAAUCGGUUUGGGGGUGCAGCGGCGCGCGCCGCUGCCGCUGCGCAGAAUGAACAAAUGGAGGUUGCUCGCAUGGCCAAGGUUGAGCGGGAGUCGAAUAAGAUUCUUGAGAUGAGAAUCCCUCAGGACUCGGAGAGUGGCAUUGGUAUCGAUCUUCGCGAUCGGUCAGAGGUGCCCGAUGUUGGUUUCCAGGGCAUCCGGCGUAUCGAUCCCAUUGGUUUCCUCCCCGCCGAGAUUUCAGCUCACAUUUUCUCCUAUCUAGACCCUGAUUCCCUGAUGACCUGCGAGGCUGUGUCUCGUAGUUGGCUCCAGGCCUGUUCCUCGCCGGUGUGGAAGCACGUUUUUCGUGGUACAUAUGGCCGACGCCCUGCGAGCGACACAGCCUCCAAGAUGAAGCAGUCUUCCGGCCUGGGCAAGUCAAUUCCGAACCAAGACUGGAAGAAGAUGUACUUGACCCGGCGCGCUCUUGAUCAGCGCUGGAAGGAUGGCAAAGCGGCGGCCAUUUACCUGCAGGGCCACCAGGACAGCGUCUAUUGCUCCCAAUUUGACGAGAAGAAGAUUAUCACAGGCUCUCGUGACCGAACUAUUCGCGUAUGGGACGCUCACUAUCCUUGGGCCUGUCAGAAGAUCAUCGGACCACCAUCGCAGCGCGUGUACGGCCGCGGUCCGGUGAACAGUCCAACUUCCCAGGCCAGUGGAACAUCACCCUUCCUGACUAUCACGCCACCAUUCGUCCACCCUGAUAAUGUCGAUGAAGGCUCUGAAGAAGAAGAUUCGGUGUAUCACAGCGCCUCAAUUUUGUGUUUGCAAUUUGAUGAGGAGAUCAUGGUGACUGGAUCUUCGGACCACACCUGCAUCGUGUGGGACAUAAAAAACGACUACCGACCUAUCCACCGUCUUUCAGGCCACCAUGCCGGUGUCCUGGAUGUAUGUUUCGAUGACCGAUACAUCGUCUCAUGCUCCAAAGACACCACCAUCUGCGUGUGGGACCGUAAGACCGGCGAGUUGCUGAGACAACUCGUCGGCCACCUCGGUCCUGUGAACGCCGUUCAGCUACGAGGCGACCUUAUCGUCUCGGCCAGCGGUGACGGCGUAGCCAAGAUGUGGAACGUGAUUUCUGGCCAGUGUGUCAAGGAAUUUGUCAGCAAAGACCGUGGCCUGGCGUGUGUCGAAUUCAGCGAUGAUGGCCGGACCAUCCUGACUGGCGGAAACGACCGCAUAAUCUACCAAUUCGACGCCAAUACCGGCGAUCUGGUCAAUGAACUACGCGGCCACUCAGGCCUAGUCCGGUCUUUGCACUUGGACAGCGAUAAUAAGCGCAUUGUUAGCGGCAGUUACGAUAUGAGUGUCAAGGUGUUUGACCGUGACAGUGGCAACUUGUCUAUCAACUUCCCUGGCUGGACCACAAGCUGGAUGUUAAGUGUGCAGUCCGAUUAUAGACGUAUUGUUGCGACAAGUCAGGAUGCCCGCACUGUUAUUAUGGACUUUGGAUAUGGACUAGACGGGAUCGACCUUUUGGAGGAGUGA